AUGAAAUUUUACAUAGUCGCAGUCGCUGGGCUUCUGGCAGUGAUGUCUUUCAUUCCUGGUGCAAAAGUCGCAGUUUCUUCAGAGAUGUCCGAAAAGUCAGAAGAUACGGAGGACCCAAGGCAGCCAGUAUUUUGUAGUGUCUCCUCAGAAGAACAGAGCAAAAUUGUGGAAUGCAUUCAAACCAAAGAAACGGCUAAAAUGAGUCUAGGAAAGUAUCCAUGGAUAUUUGACAGCAGUAGUGCUGAUGUUGCGAACAACAUUUGUAAUAAGAGUAAUGAAUAUUUGGUGGACAUGUCGGACUCCGAAAGUGAAAGUCUCUUUAAACACACGCUGCAGUGCGAAGAUAAACUUGGCGUAACUAGGGCGAUUACUACUUCAUGA